ACAGUUGAAUGGAGUUGCUCUCAAAGGAACUAUCCAGUAUUUAUAGAACCAGUGAAAAAGCAAACGUGUGUGAAUGGCAAAUGGGAGCCAGAAUUUGAAGGAGAUCCUUGGUGCGCUGACUAUACAAAAGUGAACCCCUGUGAUGAGUUUGUUAAGAGAGAUCUCUGCAAGGAGGGUUCUUGGUGCACAGUAGACGGAGAAACAUCUGAUGCCCAAUGUCAAUGUAGGCCAUACUUCACAGGCGAGUUCUGUGAUGAACCAUCUGACAAGUAUUGCUCGAUGAUAAAUUGUGUCCAUGGCAACUGCAUAUUUCAUGACAAGGAUCCCGAUCACUACUUCUACUGUGAAUGUGAGCCAGGAUAUGGAGGUCCAAGUUGUAAUGUCGACAUUGAAAAUAUUUGCACUGCAGCAAGCACAGGUAGCGCUCCCUUUUGCCAAAAUGGAGGAACAUGUACUGUUGAUAAAAUCGACCUAAAUAGAGCCAUGUGCUUGUGUCCAGCAAACUUCACAGGACCAAACUGUGAAGAACCUUCAUGCUCAUGUCCUCCCAAUAAAGCUAUAGACAGACGAGAGGGUGAUACUGCUAUAUCAAAUGGAAUGAACUGUGGUUCCAAAGUCGACUGGAGUUGCUCUAAUAAGACAUAUCCAGUAUUUGUAGAACCAGUGAAAGAACAGAUAUGUGUAAAUGGCAGAUGGGAGCCUGAAUUUGAAGGAGAUCCUUGGUGUGUGUUUUACACAAAAGAGAGCCCAUGCGAGGAGUUUGUGAUAAGAGAUCUCUGCAAGGAGGGUUCUUGGUGCACAAUAGAUGGCGAAACAUCUGAUGCCCAAUGUCAAUGUAAGCCAUACUUCAAAGGUCGCUUCUGUGAUGAACCAUCUGAUGCGUUUUGCUCUAUGCUAGACUGUCAGCAUGGAAAUUGUACAUUUAAUGAUGAAACCACGCAACACUAUUUCUCUUGUGUUUGCGAGCCUGGAUAUGCGGGAAAAGAAUGUGAAGUCAACAUAGAGAGACUGUGUAGAAGAGCAGGAAGGGGUGGCAAUCCAUAUUGCAAAAAUGGUGGAACUUGCACUGUAAAUAGUUAUGGAGAUCUAAUAUGUAUCUGCCCCCCUAGUUACUAUGGAGACAAAUGUGAAAAUGUGAGUUCUGAAGAAGCAAACAAAAACACAACACCACCAUUGGAGACCACAACCAAAUAGAUUGAGCAAAUGACAAAAGAUACCGAGUGAGUCCAGUCUAAAGACAAUGGAUGGACAGCUUCUUUAUAUCCCCCUCAAAAGUUGUUUGAUGGGAUUAUGUACAGGUUACAUCAGCACAACACUCAUUUUAUGAAUAUGAAGUGCAAAUACGAAAAGAAAUGAUU